CCAUUCACCACAACAUGAUGACAUCGAAACAGUUUGCUUUUUAUCUCACAUGUUUGUUUCUGGGGCAAAUGGCUCACACAAAUGAUUUGAAAUUGUCUGUUCAUCAAGAAAGACAUUUUAUAUCUGUUAACACUGGGGAAAGUGUGACUUUGAAUUGUUUUUAUGACGGUAACGAUGUGGCAAAGUUUUUCUGGUACAAGCUGAACUUGGGACAGAAACUGAAGCUCAUUUCUACUUUGUUCAAGUACGACACCAAUGGUACGUUUCAUGAUGAAUUCAAGAGUGAUUCACGAUUCACAGCGGCUACUGAGGAAGGAAAAAUCUACUUAAAGAUAACAAAUGUGCAAGUUUCAGACUCUGCGAUUUACUACUGUGGAACUUAUGGCUACAUGUUUGAGUUUGGAGAGGGUACUGUCGUUGAUGUAAAGGGUUCAGGUUUGCACAUGCCAACUUUAGUGCAGCAGUCAGCAUCUGAGACCAUCCAGCCAGGAGGCUCUGUGACUCUGAACUGUACAGUACACACUGGGACCUGUGAUGAAGAACACAGUGUUUACUGGUUCAGAGACUCUGAAGAGUCUUUCCCAAGAAUCAUUUACACCCAUGGAGGCAGGAAUGAUCAGUGUGAGAGGAAACCCAACACACAGACACACACUUGUGUCUACAACCUGCCAAUGAAGAGCCUGAAUGUGUCUCAUGCUGGGACCUACUACUGUGCUGUUGCCUCAUGUGGACACAUACUGUUUGGAAACAGGACCAAGCUGGACUUUAAGCAUGAGGGGAACUGUUGUGUCUCUGUGUAUUUCUUGAGCGGAGCAUUCGCAUUCACCACACUUCUGAGUGUUUUAAUGGCUUUAUUAUUGUAUUUGACCCACAAGAGAAACAGCACCAAACGCACAGAGUCUCAUCCAAGAACAUCACCUCUUUCCUCAGCAGACGCAGAGCACAAUGAAGGAGACAUCCAUUAUGCGGCUUUAAGCGAUCCGAGAGCUGGCAGACCAAGAAGAAAGAGUAACAACAGCAAGACUGAAUGUGUCUACUCUAGUGUAAAGCAGUAGAACUGGAUGAGUUUCUUAUCCGUUUUUGUGCUUUUGUUAUUUUUAACAGGCUUCAGCAUUUAAAAACCUAAAGACAUUUGUUGUCUGUGAACUUCCUGAUAUGAGUUUUGCAACUUUAUAUUAAGUUGAGUUCAAUUUUGUU